AUGAUAAAAAAUAUGAAUUUUAUCAUUACAAAUUUAAUUUUUUAUCUUUUAUUAGUUUCAUCAAUUUAUUCACAACAUAAUAAUUGUAUAGGUAAUUGUUGUGAUAAAAAUAUAAAUUGUGGAUUUUGGGCAAAAAGAAAUGAAUGUAAAAAAACACCAUCUUACAUGUUGAUGAAUUGUCCAAAAAGUUGUCAAACAUGUAAAGGACAAGAUCCAACAAAACAAGAAGUUGAUAAAUUAAACUUUUCUGGGUGUAAAUUUGUACAAACAAGAGAAACUACAAGAAGAGUAGCUAUGAAUGCAAGAAUAUUUAGUGAAACUGUUGUUUCAAGAGAUUGUGGACCUGAAAAUGUUCCUAAUAAUUGCUCACAAUCAAUAUGUUUUCAUAAACAAUUUCGUUCAAUGGAUGGAUCAUGUAAUAAUUUAAAACGUCCAUUAUUUGGAGCUGCAUUUACAAGUUAUAUUCGUUUACAACAACCACUUUAUGAAGAUAAUUUUAAUAAACCAGUAGGAAAAAUAAUUUAUCGUCCUGAUGCUAGAGAUGUUACAAGAUUUUUAUUAAUUCAUGAUAAAAAUAUUAUUUCUAAAUACAAUCAAUUAGCAAUGCAAUUUGGACAAUUUUUAGCUCAUGAUAUUCUUGCUAAUGGAAGACAUGAAUCAUGUAGAUGUGAUAUGGUAAAUGCACCUCAUUGUCAAAAUAUAUAUUUUAAAAGAGGAGAUCCAAAAUUUGGUAAAAUACCAUGUAUUAGACUUGCUAGAACAGUAAAUAAAUGUGGUACAGGAAUUUUUGGAGUACCUAGAGAACAAAUGAAUCAAGCAACUGCCUAUAUUGAUGGUUCACAAAUUUAUGGAAAUAAUAAUGGUAAUAUGGAAGCAUUAAGAUCUAGACAAUUUUUAAGAACAACAAUUAGAAAUGGUAAAGAAUUUCCACCAAUGGGUAUAACUGAAGUUGGAGGACAUGCUCUUAUAACUGGUGAUAAUCGUGCAGAUAUUUUUAGUGGUUUAUCUGCUUUACAUACAAUAUUUGUUAGAUAUCAUAAUAUUAUAGCAAGAAAAUUUAUGAAAGUUAAUCCAUCAUGGUCAACUGAUAGAAUAUUUCAAGAAACAAGAAAAAUUGUUGGUUCCAUAUUACAAGUAAUUACAUUUGAAGAAUUUUUACCAGCAAUUUUAGGUCCAGAUAAUUAUAAAACAUUAAUACCAACAUAUAGUGGAUAUAAAGAGGAUGUUGAUGCAACUAUAUCAAAUGAAUUUGCAGCAGCUGGUUUUAGAUUGCACGGGACAAUCGUUCAGCAUUACCCAUUAAUUGAUGAAAGAUAUCGUACUCUUGCAAAUAAUGAUUUUAUUCAAAAUGUUGAAACAUUUAUAAGAGAAUACAGUACUAAAAUAAGUUUAUUAGUUAGAGGAAUGAUUGCAUCACCACUUAAAAAAGCUCAACGUAUAAAUCCUCAAAUUACAGAAAAAUUUUUUGGUGGAACAGUUGAUUUAUCUUCAAUGAAUUUACAAAGAGGAAGAGAUCAUGGUUUAAGAACAUAUAAUGAUUAUAGAAAAUUAUGUCAAUUACCUAUAAUUGAAAGUUUUGAAGAAUGGGAUGAUGUUAGUGAUAAUAGUGUCAAAAAAAAAGCUAAAGAACUUUAUCGUAAUAUUAACAAUAUUGAUCUUUUUACAGGUGCUAUGUUAGAAGAACCACUUGAAGGAUCUGUUGUUGGUCCUACAUUUGCUUGUAUCAUAUCAGAACAAUUUUUGCGUCUUAGAGAUGGUGAUAGAUUUUGGUAUGAAAAUAAUCAACUUUUUACACCUCAACAAAUAAAUAAUUUAAAAAAAAUGUCUAUUGCUUCAGUAAUAUGUGCAACUGAACCAGGAAUUAAAAAAAUACCUAGAUACGCUUUUGAAGCUGAUAAAGGGGACAAAGCCAGAAGAUGUGAAGAAAUUCCUCAAAUUGAUAUAACAUUGUGGAAAUCUUUUUAA